CCGGCCGCCGCUCUGAGCAGCGCGUCCCAGGCGGCGUGCGGGCGUGCGGGCGCGGGGCGACGGCGGCCCCGCAGCGACAUGUGACCAUGGACCGCAGGACCAGGGAAAAUCCAGAAAGAACUUUCGACUUGGUCUUGAAAGUGAAGUGUCAUACCUCUGAAAAUGAAGGUCCUGUGGUAUUAUGGAAAUUCCCGGAGGACUUUGGAGAUCAGGAAGUACUGCAGAGCGUGCCCAAGUUCUGUUUUCCCUUUGACGUGGAAAGGGCCUCUCAGAAUCAAGUUGGACAGCACUUUACCUUCGUACUGACAGACAUUGAGAGUAAGCAGAGAUUUGGGUUCUGCAGACUCACAUCAGGAGGCAGUAUUUGUUUAUGUAUUCUUAGUUACUUGCCAUGGUUUGAAGUGUACUAUAAGCUUCUCAACACUCUAGCAGAUUACUUGGCAAAGGAACUGGAAGAUGAUUUGAAUGAAACUCUAAAAUCACUCUAUAACCAGCCAGUACCAAAGGCAAAUAUGCCUGUCAACUUGAGUGUGAACCCAGAGCUAUUUAUUGCCAGUGAGCAAGUUCUGAAAGAUCAGCCCUCACUGAUGCCGCACUCCUGUUUCAUUGCCCCUGACGUGACUGGACUCCCGACGAUACCGGAGAGUAGAAACCUGACAGAGUACUUCGUUGCUGUGGAUGUGAACAACAUGCUGCGAUUGUACGCCAGCAUGUUGCACGAGAGGCGCAUCAUUAUUACCUCGAGCAAAUUAAGCACUUUAACUGCCUGUCUCCAUGGAUCGGCUGCUCUGCUCUACCCGAUGUACUGGCAGCACAUAUACAUCCCCGUGCUUCCUCCACACCUACUGGACUACUGCUGUGCCCCAAUGCCAUACCUGAUUGGAAUACACUCCAGUCUCAUAGAGAGAGUGAAAAAUAAAUCAUUGGAAGAUGUGGUUGUGUUAAAUGUUGACACAAACACUUUAGAAUCACCAUUUAAUGACUUGAGCAACCUACCCAGUGAUGUGGUCUCGGCCUUGAAAAAUAAGCUGAAGAAGCAGUCCACGGCUACAGGAGAUGGAGUGGCUCGGGCCUUUCUGAGGGCGCAGGCGGCUUUGUUUGGAUCCUACAGGGAUGCUCUGAGAUACAAGCCUGGUGAGCCCAUCAGCUUCUGUGAGGAGAGCUUCGUAAAGCACCGCUCGAGUGUGAUGAAACAGUUCCUGGAAACUGCCGUUAACCUUCAGCUCUUCAAGCAGUUUAUUGACGGUCGACUGGCAAAGCUUAAUGCAGGAAGGGGUUUCUCUGAUAUAUUUGAAGAAGAGAUUACUUCUGGUGGCUUCUGUGGAGGGAGCCCGAGGUCAUACCAACAAUGGGUGCUUACAGUCAAGAAAGGUGGUGCAUUGCUCAACACAGCGGUGACCAAAGCAACCCCUGCUGUGCGGACCGCGUACAAAUUCGCAAAGAGUCACGCCAGACUGGGACUAAGAGAGGUAAAGAGUAAGCUGAAACACAAGGACAAUGAGGAGGAUUAUGGGACCUGUUCUGGCUUGGUACAAUAUACACCAGUUUACACAUUACACAAUGAAAAGGGAGGAAACACAGAAAAGUAUAAGCUUUCCCAGGCACGCUUGAGAAGGCCUCAUAAGAGCCUUGAUGGUACCCUAUAUGAUGAUGACGAUGACAUUGAACGAGCAAGCAAGGUGUCUUCUGAAGAUGGUGAAGAAACAUCUGCUUAUUUCUAUGAAAGCGAUGACUCUGUUGAAGCAGGAGUGAAGACUCCUUACUCAGGUGAGAUGGACUUGCUGGGAGAGAUCCUGGAUACGCUGAGCACACACAGCUCUGAUCAAGGAAAGCUGGCAGCUGCCAAGAGCCUGGAUUUCUUCAGAUCCAUGGAUGACAUUGAUUACAAACCUACGAACAAGUCCAAUGCGCCCAGUGAGCAUAACCUGACCCUACUGUGUGCUUCUGGUGAUCAAGGAGAGUGGAAUCUUGGGCAGGACGACAGCGCCCUGCAUGGCAAGCACCUCCCUCCAUCCCCCAGGAAGAGGGUUUCCUCUGGUGUGCUGACAGACUCUCUGUUUACCCUGAAUGAGGAGAACAGUGACAAGUCCCUCUGUGCUGACACUGUGAGUGGCCUCACUGCAGUGGACAAGCCAGCUUCUUCUUCAGGACUGGAUUCCCAGGCAGCCUCCCCCGAGGCUUCUCAAACAGGUGAAGGAAAAGCAGAGCUGAAGGAAACACUAAGUCAGGCUUCAGGGCUCCAGCUGCUGCCCAGCCUCGGGAGCCGCCAGUCUACCUUUGUUCCCUGGGAGAAGGCAGGGCAAGAGCAUAAGGAGCUUUCAGAAGACACUGGGCUGCUCCAAGAAGUAGUGUCACUGUGUCACAUGCCAAAUGACUUCCAACAAGGUCUAAACAUUUCAGAAGAAAAGAGAAGUGAAACCCAAACUUAGGCACCGGUAAAGGGUCAGUCCUUGCCUCUUGGCUUCUCCAGAGAUGCACCGGAUUAAUUCCCUGUGAUGCGUACAGUAAACAGGAUCACUCAUAGGAAUGAAAACUCUUACUGCUGUUUAAUUGUUUUCCUUUGGAAUGUUUCCCCAUCUGUUCAUCUCAUGGAGCUGUGUUAUCUGUUGGUUUUCUGGUGUAAAAUGAAUUCUAUGCUGUUAAAUCAGGUACUAACUUGUAUAUAGGCUGAAAGUGUGUUUUAAACAUAAGCUUUCCCAGUAUUUGGUGCUUAAUGCUGUUCAUCUUAUUUAAACUAAGUGUGCGUAUGUAACCCCUACAUGUAACCAGUAGUUACUGUACUAAUCUGGUUGAGCAUGAGCUUAUCAUGGUGUCACAACUGAUAAAAAAUAUUUUGGAUGAAACUGUUAACCCACUAAUUGCCUUAAUCUUCUGGUUAUGUUAAGCAAACAGAUCAUGUGUGAUGCUACAUGCAUAUCUUGAAAGAGGAGUUAUCUUGUCUUUCAGAGCAAUAAUGCCUUUUUCUAUCACAGAAUUAAGCUCACCAUUUUUUUCAAGCCUAAAUGCUCUCUGAGUGGAACUAAUUUCCUUUUAUAAAGACACUGCAGCCAUGUUUUGCAAACAAUGUAACUGUGUAUAUUUACCUUUCACUCAGUGAAAUACAUGAAGUGCUGAAUUAUAA